UUUGGAACUGAAGGCAAAGAAUGGGGGUCCAUGAAUUGUGGUCCAUUCUGGAACCAGUCAAGAAACAUGUCCCGCUGCACAGUCUGGCCGGGAAAACCCUUGCAGUGGAUCUGAGCCUCUGGGUGUGUGAAGCACAAACUGUUAAGAAAAUGGUUGGCGUGGUUACCAAACCUCAUCUCAGGAACCUCUUUUUUCGUGUUUCUUCCUUGAGCUUGAUGGGAGUGAAAUUAGUGUUUGUGACGGAAGGGGAAGCCCCGAAGAUUAAAGCUGACACUAUGAACAAGAGGAAUGAGAUGCGUUAUGGAUCGUCUAACAAGCCUGCGUCGGCAAGACCUGGGAGGUCUUAUUUCAAGUCUGUCUUGAAAGAAUGUCUCCAGCUUCUGGAAUGCCUUGGGGUUCCAUGGGUCCAGGCUGCCGGAGAGGCCGAGGCUAUGUGUGCUUACCUAGACGCUAAAGGGUACGUGGACGGAUGCAUUACCAACGACGGAGACGUCUUUCUGUACGGGGCCCAGACGGUUUACAGGAAUUUUACCAUGAAUGUUAAGGACCCUCAUGUGGAUUGCUACGAAGCCUCUUCUAUUAAAUCCAAGCUCGGUUUAGACAGAGAUUCCAUGGUUGGGCUGGCGGUCUUUCUAGGUUGUGAUUAUCUGCCAAAGGGAGUGCCUGGUGUUGGAAAGGAGCAGGCGUUGAAGCUCAUUGAGACCUUGAAGGGAGAGAGUUUAUUGCAGAGGUUUUAUCAGUGGAAGAAACAGUUUAAUGAUCCGACAAUCCCCUCUACGUCUGCUAAGAAAGUGGCGCAUUGUUCUGUUUGCUGCCAUCCAGGUUCCGCCAAGGACCACGAGCGAAGCGGCUGUGCCCUGUGUGGAAGCAAUCGAUACUGCGAGCCGCACGACUAUGACUACCGCUGCCCUUGUAACUGGCAUCGGACGGAGCAAGAGAAACGAGCCAACCCUGUGGAGUACAGCAUCAAGAUGAAAGCCAAGAAAUGUGAAGGGUUUCCUUUCCACGAGGUUAUCGAAGAAUUUAUCCGAAAUAAAAAUAAACUGGUAAAAGUGAUCAAAUGGGUCCGACCCAAUCUUUUGUCUUUCCAGAAUUUUGCAUUGGAUCGCAUGGAGUGGCCCAAGCACUACGCCUGCGAGAAGCUGCUGGCGUUGCUGACACAUUACGACAUGAACGAGCGGAAGGCAGGCCGAGAGCCGGCCGCGCGGCUACAGGCCAUACGAAUUGUUAAGACUCGAGUCAAGAACGGAAUUCCUUGUUUUGAAAUCGAAUGGGUGAAACCAGAUGAAUAUGUUUUUGCCGACGACCAUCCUUCGGACUCCCCGCUGGUGACAAUCGAGGAAGAAUCGCUCUUCCAAGCUGCUUAUCCGCAGACCGUUGCUUUGUAUCAGAAGGAAAAAAUGGAAGAAGAGGAGAAAAAGCAUAAAAGCAAGAAGUCUAAAUCAAAGUCCAAAGUGAUUCCGGAUCUAGAUGAUGUUGCUGCAUUGCUGUCGGAAAUGAGUUUAAAGCCCGCUUUGGAGAAACCCCCAGCAAGCAAUUCAAAUUUAGAAUGCGGCGGGACGCAAAGCUCCAAAGAGGAGAAUGUACACACGUGGGACUUGGCCGCAAAAACAGAGACUUUUUUACAACCUGCAACAGAAUUAGAGAUUUUUACCGCAGACAACGUCGAUGAAAGUGAGGAAGAUGUUACUGGAACGUGCUAUUCACCGGCACAGUGCGGUACUCCUCCAUCAGAUGCCAGUUCACCCAACAUCUCAUCGUUGAUUUCCGAGCUACAGCUGAGCAGCAUCGAUUGGGACUCGACUUCCUUCAGCAAGUCUCCGAAAGCGGAAACCCAUACCGCCGGGGUGGGCUGUCCAAAUUCUGAACCUAAAAAAGAAGAAUCUUGUAACGACAAGCAAACCGAUGACAAUCCAAAAACGAUAAGCCAGGAUGACAAUGAGGUCGUGAGACAACUGAUCGGGCCAAAAGUUGCUAGCAAGGAAAAUAAGCUGAAGUCGUGUUCUACGGAAGAUUCAAAAGUGGAGUACCAAAGGUUAUCCCUAAAAGAGAGAAUACUUUUAAAGAACGCUUGUCGGUCUGGUGUCCCUUACCCCCAAAACCUUGAUUCCAAAUCUCUUCCUGAGAAGCUUCGACCCAUUAGUGGCCACAAAAAGGAAUCCAAUUCUGGAAACUCUGUCACUGUGGAUGAAAGUGCAAAGGAAAAUAAUCAAAUACCCAAAGUAAAGACUGAAUCCGUAAAAUGGGGUCCAGAAGAAAAUAAAAAACACCCUGUUACAGCAGUUAAAGCGGUGGCUUGCGCAGGUGUGAGCGUUAAACCGCUGGAACUGCCGGCUACGAAGCAGAACGGCUCUGUACAGGAUCCCAACAAAAUCCCUCUUAUCCCGGUGAAGAAGCCUUACACGUUUGUAAAAGAUCCAAAAAAGAUACCCCUCCUUCCCACACGAACUCUUUCCGUAAGUAGUGUUUCUAAUAAAAUAGUUAGCCAAACUGCGCCAAAAAUAACCACGAAGAAGAGCGUCUGUCGCAAGUUGGGUUCGUCAAGUGAAGACGAGACAGAGGAGACUAUGGGGCGGAUGGAUAACGUAUGCCGAGUCGAGCCGAGGGCCAAAAACCACUCAAGACUCAAAAGCAAUAAAUCAAAAAAGGAAUCUGGAUUUAUCAAUCAUAAGAACAUCUCACCGGCCAGCAAUGUCGUCGUCCUUGGCUACAGCCUGAAAGAUCUACCGCUUAGUCCUGAGCACAAGUCGCCCGGCGCAGGAGACCGGAGCGAUGACUCCAUCGUUUCGGUGGACAGUCCGCUGCCGCUGUCGGAAAGGCUGAAACUAAGAUCCUUACAGAACUGUUAG